CGCCCAGAAUCCCCUGUGCCGGAGGGGGGAUUCUGGGAAAGGGUUCCCCCAAGGCUGCUUUUCCCUUCGCCAGCCACGUUGAGUCCCACCCUGAGACGACAACGACUCUCUCCUCUUUCAGGGCCGUCUACUUGGUGCGCCACAAGGAGACCCGCCAGCGCUUCGCCAUCAAGAAGAUCAACAAGCAGAACCUGGUGCUCCGGAACCAGAUCCAGCAGGUCUUUGUCGAGCGGGACAUCCUCACCUUCGCCGAAAACCCCUUCGUGGUGGGCAUGUUCUGCUCGUUCGAGACCCGGCGCCACCUCUGCCUGGUGAUGGAAUACGUGGAAGGUGGGGACUGCGCCACGCUCCUGAAGAACAUGGGCCCCUUGCCGGUGGACAUGGCCCGGAUGUACUUUGCAGAGACGGUGCUGGCCCUGGAGUACCUCCACAAUUAUGGCAUCGUCCACAGGGACCUCAAGCCAGACAAGUAAGGAGGCAGGAAUGGGAUUUGGAUCAGCACCUAUUGGCCUGCGUCUGGAAUCUCAUCAAUGCCUUGGCCCUUUUAUUUCCAUGUGUGAGCUUUUUCUCCCAAUACUUGCUCAGUAAACCCCCCAUAUCUGCUGUUUUGCUUAUUCGCAGCUUGAAAAUAUUAGGGGGUGG